UGACAGCGCUCUCUCGGUGGCUGUGUAAUUGUGUGCGUGGGUUAGUGUGGGCGCAGAGAGCGAGUUCUCUAUAAAAGCUGCGGUUUUGCCUACGGUGUUCUCUGUGCGCGCUGCUUUUCUCUCUGUCCUUUUUUAAAACAUAUUUUGUAUCGGUCUAUUUUUCUACUACAUUUCUGUUUUCCGGAUAGCUCCUCUUGAAGAAGAAAAGGCUUGUCUAUGGUUCUGACCGGAGCUUCCAAAAUGUCUCGUACCGAAGAGGUGCACCGCAUAACUGAGAAUGUCUACAAGUCCAUCAUGGAGCAGUUCAACCCCUGCUUGAGGAACUUUGUUGCCAUGGGGAAGAGCUACGAGAAGGCACUUUCCAGUGUGACAUUUGCAGCAAAGGGCUACUUCGACGCUCUGGUGCGGAUGGGCGAGCUGGCCAGCGAAAGUCAAGGCUCUAAGGAUCUUGAAGAGGCAGCAUGGGACGUGCUGUUUCAAAUGGCCGAGGUCCACCGCCAAAUUCAGAUGCAGCUAGAAGAGAUGUUGAAAUCCUUUCACAACGAGCUCCUCACCGAGCUGGAAAAGAAGGUGGAGCUGGAUGCCAGAUACUUGAGUGCAGCUCUGAAGAAGUACCAGAUGGAGCACAAGAGCAAAGGGGAGUCUCUGGAGAAAUGCCAGGCCGAGCUGAAGAAGCUGCGUAGGAAGAGCCAGGGUAGUAAGAACCCACAGAAGUACGGGGACAAGGAGAUGCAGUAUGUGGAGACCAUCAGCAAUAAGCAGAGUGACCUUGACCACUACGUUGCAGAGGGGUACAAAACGGCACUGUCAGAGGAGAGGAGGAGAUACUGCUUCCUAGUGGAGCGCCAGUGUGCCGUGGCCAAGAACAACAUUGCCUACCAUGGCAAGGGCAAAGACUUGCUCACCCAGAAGAUUCCAAGCUGGCACCAGGCCUGCUCGGACCCCAACAAGCUGCCUGAGCGUGCCAUGAUCCUGGCACAGCAGAUGACAUCGGCCAGUGGCGGGACCCUGAUCUCCAGCCCCCUACACUCCUCCAAAACGAGCCUGGUGAUCUCGGAUCCUAUCCCCGGAGCCAAGCCCCUCCCUGUCCCUGCAGAGCUGGCCCCCUUCGUGGGGAGUGGAAUGGGUCACCAGGGGAGGCUGAUGGGGCCAGAUGGGAUGCCCAUGAUGAAUGGCACAGCUGGUGUAGGCCAUGGGGAGGACUACUCACACUGGGUUGAGGGCAAAGCAGCACAGGCCAAACCCCAAUCUCCUGGGCAACAGAGGCAGCUAAGUGAGGUCUACUCCAACACCUUGCCAGUGCGCAAGGCAGCCCCCUCCAAGAGCAAGGCCCCGCUGGCCGAAAACAGGACGCUCCCACGGUCCAGCUCCAUGGCAGCUGGCCUGGAAAGGAACGGUCGAACCCGGGUCCAAGCCAUCUUCUCCCACGCUGCAGGGGACAACAGCACCUUGCUCAGCUUCUCUGAGGGCGAUGUGAUCACCCUGCUGGUGCCCGAGGCCAGGGAUGGCUGGCACUAUGGCGAGAAUGAGAAAACCAAACUACGUGGCUGGUUCCCUUUCUCUUACACCAGAGUCCUCCCAGACAGUGAAGCGGACAAGCUCCGUGUGAACUUGCAUCAUGGGAAGAGCAGCAGCACAGGGAAUCUGCUGGAACGCGAUGAUCUCUCCCUGCCUCCUCCAGACUAUGGCGUGACCUCUAGACUCUUGGCACAGAGCGCAGCACACGGUCGGCCUCGCCCUUACAGUGUGGCAGUGCCAGUCUUUCCUCAGCAAGGGCUGGAAGAUUAUGAACCACGAUUUCCCACCAGUUCCGAUGGCAAAUUGAUUUCGACAGUGUGAGGACAGACAGACUCAGACAGACUCAGCCAGCCCUGAAUAGGACAGGCCCGAGCCCCUCCCCCCCUCCUUCCUCCUCUGCUUUGGAAGAGGACAAUCCCUUCCUUCCUCCUUCCACCGGCCUGCGUUUCCUUUAGCUGCGUUACUGUUAGCUGGCGGGGAGGGAGAGGGCGCUGUUCGCAGAGCCCAAACGCUGCCCGACGCUUUGCCUUUGCAGCUUGGAUUUCCUUUUUUAGUGAAAUCCUUUAAAUGGACUACUCUGAAGAAACUGUAUUUGCUUGUCUUUCAUGCAUGUACAUGGAUUUAUAUAUGACUUUCCUGUAAAAGAAAAAAAAAAACGAAGAUCUCAUGGGUCAUAUGCCGUAAUGUAAAAAAAGUUUUCAUGAAUAAAUAAACGCUUAUAUACACAGGUGUGGAGUAAUGUAAUCAGUACCAGAUGGGAGAAAUAUGCAUAGUGCAUAUUGUUGCAUCAGGUUUAAUCAGUCCUAACUGUUUGUUGAGUACUCUAGCUUAUGUAACUAUUUUUUUUCUAUUUUUGAAAUAGAAGCUUUGCAGUUAAAUACUUAAUUCCCUUAUGGAAACAAUCCCAUACAGAAGUCUGAAUGGUUAUUGCUUCUAUUUUGAAAAAUUGCUCUUUCUUCAGAACAAACGCCCAAUAAAACGUCUCCAAUUGUAAAAAAAAAAAAGACUUGAUUAGUCAGACAUAAUCAGAACUGGGGGUUAAGCAAACUGUUUUGCAGAUGAAGGGGAUUUCAAUACUGACAAAGCCUAACUCCUUCAGAGAAAAUACCCAACUUGAAAUAAACCGAAACAAAUAAGAGCACUUAUAAAAGAUGCUAGAGUACUCAACUUUUUUUUUUAAAUCUGUCAUACAUUUGCUGUUACUGCUAUUGGCUUCCUAUUCUGUUGAUCACUGAUGCCCUUGUCAGUGGACACUCUCAGUGGUGCCAAAAGCCUAGGAAUGCACCCAUUCUUCAAUCAGUAGAAUGUUCUGUUGCCUGUGCAAAUGAGUGCCGCGUGACAUUUGCACACAAGGCUGAUAAGAAAACAAUCCAUUUAACCCUGAAGGUAUGUGAUGUCAGAAGCACUGCGUAAUGUUAGGCAUGCUGUGCAUGCAUGAAAGAAAAGUGAACUGGUACCUCUACAUACCUCGGUUCUCUCUCUGUCAGGCCAGUAUUAACCAGUGCCUCUUGUAAAUAGUGGUGUACAGUAUAUUAUAGUAUUAUGUCCUGUACUUGCCUUUACUGGAGGGCCAUGAGGUUACUUGUAUUUCUUAAGAGUGGUCCACUAUAUUAUUUCAUUAAAAAGCUCAAAUUCUGGAAGUUGCUUGCUCUCUUGUGGGACCUCUUUUGAACUUGUGUUUUUCGCCCAGCACAUGAUAAUCUCAGUUAAUUUAUGACUGACCUGGGCAGCGUAAGUUUUCAAUAAGCUCUGAUCACAGCAGUGCAAGGCAAUUAGAGCCCUAGGCUUUUGCCAUGACCAUAUGGCAGAAUUGUUUUUCCGGUGUCACAUGCCUCUUAAUCAUUUGAUCAUUUAUUUUUUCAAGCUGGGGG